AAUCGACACACAACACAAAAUCCCCUUCCAUUUCUCACAAAACCAUGAAGAAGAAGAACCACCUUUCUCCUCCACUACCAUGGACGACCCCUUUCAUUAUUCUUUCAAUCCUGACCGUCCAUUCCAUCAAGAUCACUUCAGCCGCUUGCCACGUGGAUGAUGAAAAAGGCCUCUUAGCCUUCAAAUCGGGUAUCACUCAGGACCCGUCAGGCAUGCUCAGUUCAUGGAAAUCGGGUACGGAUUGUUGUAAUUGGGCGGGUAUAAAUUGCCGUGAAAACAAUCGGGUCACCACUAUUUCUCUUUACGGGCAAGUUGAUAAACCCGACAGCUACUUGACGGGUACUAUCUCUUCUUCCCUUGUAAAAGUCCAAAAUCUAGACGGUAUUUACUUUGUUAACCUAAGGAAUAUUUCGGGUCCUUUUCCGGAUCUUCUUUUCGGGUUACCCAAACUCUUAUAUGUUUACAUUGAGAACAGUAAGCUUUCGGGAUCCUUACCUGUGAAUAUUGGUAAGUUAAAACAACUUGGGGCCUUGAGUCUUGAAGGGAAUCGGUUCACUGGAUCCAUACCGAGUUCUAUCUCUGAGUUGACUCAGUUAACUCAGUUGGUUUUUGGGAAAAAUGAAUUCUCCGGUCAUUUCCCGGCGGGGAUUAAACAGAUUAGGAACCUUAGUUACCUGAGUUUAGAACAAAACAAGCUGAUGGGUACCGUUCCGGAUAUUUUCAAAUCGUUCACCGACCUUAGAAUUCUUAGACUUUCCCAUAAUGAAUUUUCGGGGAAAAUCCCAGAAUCAAUAUUGUCUUUGGCACCGAAAUUGGCGUACCUUGAGUUGGGCCAUAAUCGUCUGUCAGGGCAAAUACCGAGUUAUCUCGGAAAGUUCAAAGCAUUGGACACUUUAGAUCUUUCAUGGAAUUCAUUCACUGGGGUAGUACCUAAAACAUUUUCAAACUUAACCAAAAUUUUCAACUUGGACCUUUCUCACAAUUCUCUAAACGACCCAUUUCCCCAAAUGAAUGUGAAAGGCAUUGAAUCACUGGAUUUAUCGUAUAACAACUUCCAUCUCAAAGAAAUCCCAAAAUGGGUCACUUCAUCUCCGAUCAUAUAUUCACUCAAGCUAGCAAAGUGUGGGAUUAAAAUGAACUUAGACACUUGGAAGCCAGCGGAAACUUACUUUUAUGACUACAUUGAUUUAUCGGAGAAUGAGAUAACAGGUAGCCCCGUUGAUUUAUUGAAUCGAACGGAUUUCUUGGUGGAAUUUAAGGCCGCCGGGAAUAAGUUGAAGUUCGAUUUGGGGAAAUUGAGAAUCGUUAAAACACUGAAAGAGUUGGAUAUAUCACGGAAUUUGGUGUACGGCAAGGUUCCUGCGGCGAUUAAUGGGUUCAAUAAAUUGAAUGUGAGUUAUAACCAUCUGUGCGGGCAGCUUCCCAAGAACAAAUUUCCUGUUUCUUCAUUUGUGGGAAAUGAUUGUUUGUGUGGACCUCCAUUAUCGCCUUGUAAACUGUAGCUGGUUAACAAGUGUUUGUGGAAAUGUCACUGAGGUUAAUAUAAUCAAUAAAAGUGUUUGUGAAAAUGUCACCGUGAGUUAGAAAGAUCAAUAAAAUGUUGGUGCUACUGCUUUUUUAAGCUAAAAUUUCUGUAUUUGAUGUGUACUCCUCUUGCCUUUGGCAGGAACAGAAAUAUUGAAUAACAUUUAGUGUUUCGUCAUUUUUGUA